UUCGUGUUUAAAUGCUGAAUUCUGCUUAAGCCGGUGCUAGGGGGCGUGGACGGUAACUUGCACUUUCCAGUACCGUUCAUGAACAGGCUUAAUCAAACCGAACCUGCAACAUUUUCAAUUUUGCCGUGUUGGGCUUUCUUUAGGGAUUCUGUUUUUCUCUAUUUUACAGACUUGUAAUGUGACAUGACAGUAGUGCAACAUUGUUCUGUUUGUGUCACCACUGUAUUCAGUAGUUUUAGAUUAUAAUGAAAUAUCAAAGCAUGUUCAUUUUCUAUUUCACCUAUUAUGCUACUCAUUUUCUCCAAAAAUCAACAACUAAUCCUGGUAAGAAAUAUCCAUGUGUAAAUAAUCCAAAGCAAAAAACUUUCAUCGACUUUAUUUUUCAAAAUGUCCGUCACAUGUUUCGCGGCAAAUGGUAUGUCAUGAUACAGGAAAGCAUGGAUGCAAAGCAUCAAAGGGCGUGCAAGCAAGAAAUGCAGCAAGUAAAGAUAAACAAGUACACAUCUGAUGACCAGAUAUUCUUAUAAACCUUUCAAUGGUUAAUUGGUAUUUACCAGAAUUCUAUAUCAUUUAUGAAUGGGCGGACGAAAGACAUUGUUCAUCAUGAACUUUGGAACCAUGCAGAUGUCUGAUAACACUUGUUCUACAUCGUGUGCAGUAGGAAACAGUAAGUUUGACUAUAUGACCGGACACACAUAUACGUACAUUUAUAAGUCAGAUAUCUCGACGCAGAUAGAGGGAACUUCUGAUGAUAAAGCAUCAGUCCACCUCUCUGCGUUCGUUCACCUUGAAAUUCUGGGAAAAUGUGAGGUUUCAAUGAAGUUGAAUAAGGUUGAUUUUUCUGAAUAUGGCCAAGAUGACUCAAAAAUGAAAAGAAUUUCAAACGACUUUAAAAUUGGCUUGGAAAGGAACCCUGCACGAUUUUCAUACCAAGAUGGUAGAAUAGAAGAUAUAUGUAUCCCUGAGGAUGAACCUAUUUGGGUCUUAAAUGUAAAGCGUGGAAUUAUUUCUCUUAUCCAAAACAACAUGGACGACUUUUCAACAAGUGUAACUGUAUUAGAGACUGAUGUGUCAGGGAUAUGCAACACUAUGUACUCAGUGCUUGAGAGUUAUGAGGACUAUUUUUCUAUACAGAAGUCAAAAGAUUUGGUCAGCUGUACCGACAGACAUAGUUUCAAAUCUUUCAUCCAGGGAGUGCCGUAUACAUCCAAAUCAUACAUCAAAUCUCUACCGUUGAUGAAGAGUGACUAUAACUGUAAAAGUGAGAUAGAGUCGGGGUUGUUGAAAAGUGUUCAGUGCGUGGAAAAAAAUAUGUUACGACCGUUCUCCAAGUCCGAUAGUGGUGCCGUCACAGUAAAUAAACAGUUUCUUACCUUCGUACGUAGAAGUUCUUCUGGAACGCAACCUCAAGGCAAAAUAAAUAUAAGAAGAUCUUUGAAGUUUGAACAUGCACACGGUAUCGAGAAGGAGAGCAAUAAUAGGCAUGAUAUUACUUCGAAGCUAGUUGAAAUAUGUGAGAAUACAAGGUCUGGAGUAGAUACUGAUACGCCGAAACUCUUCGAGGAACUUGUAUACAUAAUGAAAUUAGCUGACAUCGAUACUCUUUUUGCGAUGAACAAAUUUUUGACAGAUGAUACACUUUGUAAAGACAAUUAUUUUCGGACAAGGAAGUUCUUUCUUGACGCACUGCCUUUCAUUGGUACACGUGCCUCUAUUCAUAUGAUCACAGAUUUGAUAACUAGAAACGCUAUACAUGAACACGAGGCAGAUAUGUGGCUAUCAUCACUUUCUUUUAUCAAAAAACCAACAAAAGAAAUGCUAAAAGAGAUUCUGCCACUGGUAACAGAGGAUAUCAAUUCAGAGAAAGUGAUGUUGUCAAUCGGUACACUUAUUCAUAAUUACUGCGUUCACCAUGACGAUUGUGAGAACGACGAUUUUAUCAAGACUAUUAUCUCGGCAAUAACCGUAAAAAUUUCAACAGGAUGUCGAGUAGAUAAUAACAACAGAAAACCAACUCUACGUUUGCUGAAAGGACUAGGAAAUGCAGGUUUUGCUGACAUUUCAACGCUAACAGAGUGCAUGACUCUCAAAUCAAACCCGUUGGACAUUAGACUCUCAGCUAUUCAAGCCACGCGACGAGAACCUUGUCGUUCUAAUAGAAUGGCGCUGAUAACUUUACUCCAAGAUGAAUCAGACAGUUAUGAAACAAGAAUAGCUGCUUAUAAAAUGUUAAUGGCAUGCCCAUCGAAAAAUGUAAUUGAUGCGGUCAAACUGACAUUAACAAGGGAGCCACGAAAUCAGAUCAGUUCUUACAUUUGGACACAUCUGUCUAACCUAUUGAGAACGUCCGAUAUAUACAAGCAAGACAUAGGCAACAUUCUUGGAGACGAAGCGUUGAAAAGAAGGUUCGAUCUUGAUAACAAAAAGUUCGCCAGAAAUUAUGCAACAUCAGGUUUUAUAGAAAAAUUAAACACCGGAUCUAAAAUUGAAGCUGAUCUGAUUUGGUCCUUAAGAUCUUCUGUACCACACUCGGGCAUGUUGAAUGUUACCUUUGACGUUUUCGGACAAUCUGUCAACAUAUUUGAGAUCGGCGGACGAGUUGAAGGACUUGAAAAAUCAAUCGUAGAAUAUUUAAGAUCAGAUAGGUUUUUUGCAAACACAUAUCCGGGCAUGAGAUUGAGGGAUUUUUUAGACGACGGCAAAAGUUUUUCAGGCCAUCCUGAUGAUCUUCGUGGUUCACUUUAUCUAAGAAUGUUUGGUAAUGAAAUAUUUACCAUGGAUAUUAAGGAAGCAGAGACUUACCUAUCUGGGCGUGACAUUAUUUCCAAAAUUAUAAAAGAUGAUAACUUCACAUUUACUCAAUCAGUGAUGUUUCUGGACAGCAAAUACAUGGUCCCAACUAGCUCUGGAUUUACACUCAGUCUUACUUUGAGAGGGACUGCCACCGUCGAUUUAUUCAAACAAAGUAGAAGAGAUGUGAUUUACAGUGACAAAUUUGGUAUUUCCAGACGAUUUCGACCAAGUGCUACAGUAUAUAUAGCAUCGAUGAUGAGUGUGGACACAUUCGUUACCAAGUCGGGAAUAAAAUUGGUUUCUACACUCCAUACUAGUACAUCACUACAGGGGAAAAUAAAAACAACUAAGAAUGGCUUCUUCACCUUUGAAUAUGAAAUGCCAGACACUGUUAUGAAAAUCUUUGGAAUCAAUUCUUCAAUUUAUAUUGUACGUACAGACAGUGAGCUCGAGCAGACAAAAAUAGGAAAACAUAAAAGGAAUCUUUCAUACUGCUACAAACAGAUGACUGUAGCAGGUCUCGAACUUUGUGCAGAAGUCGAGUACCCGUUACAUAGCGUGACAAGUACAACACCUUACUUUCCAUUGACAGGGCCUUUUGGGGCUGGUGUUUAUUUAUAUAACAGAGAUACUCACGUGAAAUACAUUAUUGUAGCCAAGUCAGUAAUAAGUCGAGGAAAAAGAAUAAUAAAUUUUACGUUCAACACGCCAGGUUCAAGUAUCAACAGGCAAAUGAAAUUUUAUUUAUUCUUGAACACAAAUAACGGUAUCAUUAAAACAAUUAUCUCAUCACCCUGGAAACGCAUAGAUUUUGAAGGUAUGAUAUAUUUCGUAAAUAAUAACUUCCAAAUUCUAUUUGAUUAAAUCAGAUAAUAACUU